CUGCAUUGCGAAACCUUUACACUCAACUACAACCUUCUGCUAGGCGCUUUCGAUAUGUCUUUAUCCGCGCAGUCCGCGCCAUCUCAUACUUUUACCUCCCAAUCCAAUGCAUCAACAAGCCAUUCCGUUGGAAUGUCGCCAGAACUCGAGCAAACUUUGUCACUGUUAUCAUCACAUCGGUCUGUCCUGGGAUAUAUGCUACUGUCGAGAGGUCACCCCGUCAGCAUAAUACGGCAUUCUGGUGUGGUUUUUGAGGGGGAGAAAGGCAAAAAAUAUGCUGGGGUCAUCGGGAAAAUAGUUGAAACCGUUCAAAGCGGUUUAGACGAGAUCAGUGGUAAUGAAAAUGACAGUGACGACGUCAAGUUCAUGCGCAUUCGAACGAAGCGUCAUGAAAUCAUGAUAUCUCCAGAUGGGCGAUAUCUGCUAGCGGUUCUCCAUGAUCCGUCGACGUGAAUCUCCUUCCAGUCGAGCAUAUCUUCGCCUCUUAUAUCUACUACUAGUCCUUUUGGAUGUUUGAUGUACCUUUAUCCCCGUCGCAUUUGGAUACCUUACUUCUGAUGUAUUUCGACCUGUAUCUCUAGUGGGCUAUGUCAUGGUUCGAAGCCUUGGCUCAACUUCACGCUGCCACCAAAAC